UCCCGAAAAAGCCACGCGCAAAACAAGCUCCAAGUAUACAAAACUCCAGUACAAUGUACGGUAACUCGCGGUAUUCCCGACACCAGACGCACUACUCGGCGUCGCCCUCCAAGUACAACCACCCGCAGUACUCGUCCCCUACCAAGUACAGCGCCUACGACGGCUACUCUUCACCAGUCAAGCCUACGUCCUACCAGCAGCGCAGCUACGCCGAGUACUAUUCAUCUCCUAGCAGCCCUACGUACUACAACCAGCAGGAGUACUACAACUCGGGCGCGUCCACGGCAUCCUCGUCCUCCCAGGAAGGUCCGUUCUACGCUGAUGAACUGGACGAACUGGACGACUACACUAUGGGCCUCGCCAGCCCAGAUAUGACGACGGUGCCCACUGUCCCCACGCCGGUAAAGCUCAGCAAGUACGAGCUCGGCAAGACUCCGUCCGGUAGAGUCAUGGUCACUGCGGGCAACCAAACCAUCGAGUUCUUCUCAUGCGCAGUCAACGCACCGCUCUCGCGGUGUAUGAUCGUGCAGGAGUAAAGCAAAGUGCGGGAGAGAGUCUGGUGCUUACACGGUAGAACGAGCCGUACCUCCUCCUUCUGCAACUGCUCGUUGCGUUUGCCGCGGGUGUUCCCAGAGAUGUUUUUUAUUUAAAUUACCUCGCCCUCCUUCUGGAGGAGCCCGACGUCAGCCACAAAGUGUACCAUUAUGAAGGUUGUUGGGUUCCUCCCUGUACAAGAGAUGAAGAUGAAGAAGGAGUCGAGUAGUUCAAGCCCCCCCCACCUCAGUCAAAACCCCUCCAAGCGCCGCCCCCAGUCGAAGUCGGCCGCUCGCCCUCUCGUGUGAUCGUCGCGUGUAUCUACGAAACUUAUCAGGCUCUUAUGAAUCGCCUCCGCUUUUGUUGUAGAACUACGAAGUAUAUAGUACUAUGAUUGCCACUGAUGAAUAUGAAGAACAAGACGUCAUAUUGUCCACACAA